CGCCACCAUUCGAGGAAGCACGAAGUCAGGAAUUGCUUACACGACUCGAACUACUUCCUCUAGCAAGCGUUAACCUGUCGAGAUGGCUACAGUUCUUCACUUUUAUGUUCGUCCCUCUGGCCACGAGGGGGCAGCUUCCGGACACACUCGAAGGAAGCUGCAAGGGAAACUGCCAGAGCUACAAGGUGUCAAGACUGAGCUGUGCUACAAUGUGAACUGGACAGCUGAGAUGCCCCCAAACCAUGAGGAGCUGAAGAAACUGACCUGGCUGUUUGGCUGCCCCUUGUUAUUGGAUGAUGUUGCCCAGGAGUCCUGGCUCCUUCCUGCCUCCAGUGACCUGCUGCUGGAGGUUGGACCCAGGCUGAACUUUUCCACGCCGACAUCUACCAAUAUCGUGUCAGUGUGCUGGUCUGCUGGGCUAAAGGCUGUGGAUCGAGUGGAGAUUACCAGGCGCUACCUGCUCUCGUUUGCCCACCCUCUUUCAGCUGAGAUGGAGGCCAUCGCUCUGGCUACUCUGCAUGACCGGAUGACAGAGCAGCACUUCCACCAACCCAUCCAGAGCUUCUCCCUGGGGAGCACGCCUGCUCCUCUUAAUGGUCCCAUUGACAUUCUGGCUGAGGGCCGGCUGGCCCUGGAGAGGGCCAACCAGGAGCUGGGUCUAGCCCUAGACUCUUGGGACCUGGAUUUCUACACCAAGCGCUUUCAGGAACUGCAGAGGAACCCUAGCACCGUGGAGGCCUUUGACUUGGCUCAAUCCAAUAGUGAGCACAGUCGACACUGGUUCUUCAAGGGAAAACUCCAUGUGGAUGGACAGGAGCUGGCCCACUCCCUGUUUGAAUCCAUCAUGAGCACCCAGGCAUCCUCCAAUCCCAACAAUGUCCUCAAGUUCUGUGACAACAGCAGUGCAAUCCAGGGGAAGAAAGUUCAAUUCCUGCGCCCCAGGGACCCCACACAGCCAAGCUGCUUCCUACAACAGCAGGGUGUAAGACAUGCUGUCUUCACAGCAGAGACCCACAACUUUCCCACAGGAGUAGCUCCCUUCAGUGGCGCAACCACAGGCACUGGUGGCCGGAUCCGAGAUGUCCAGUGCACAGGCCGAGGGGCCCAUGUAGUGGCUGGCACUGCUGGCUAUUGCUUUGGAAAUCUGAACAUCCCAGGUUACAGUCUGCCCUGGGAGGAUCCCAGUUUCGUGUAUCCUGAGAAUUUUGCCCGACCUCUGGAGGUAGCCAUUGAGGCUAGUAAUGGGGCGUCCGACUAUGGCAACAAGUUUGGGGAACCAGUGCUGGCCGGCUUCUCCCGCUCCUUGGGCCUCCUGCUCCCAGAUGGUCAGCGGCGUGAGUGGAUCAAGCCUAUCAUGUUUAGUGGGGGCAUUGGAUCCAUGGAAGCUGAGCAUGUGAGCAAGGAGCCCCCGGAGUCAGGCAUGGAUGUCGUCAAGGUUGGCGGUCCUGUCUAUAGGAUUGGAGUUGGUGGUGGCGCUGCUUCAUCUGUGCAGGUGCAGGGAGACAAUGCUAGCGACCUGGACUUUGGGGCUGUGCAACGAGGAGACCCAGAGAUGGAACAAAAGAUGAACCGUGUCAUUCGGGCUUGUGUGGAGGCUCCUGGAGGAAACCCCAUCUGCAGCCUCCAUGACCAGGGUGCCGGAGGCAAUGGCAAUGUCCUGAAGGAGCUGAGUGACCCCGCUGGAGCUGUCAUUUAUACCAGCCGCUUCCAGCUGGGAGACCCGACCCUGAAUGCCCUAGAAAUCUGGGGUGCUGAGUACCAGGAGUCAAAUGCCCUUCUGCUGAGGACCCCCCACCGGGAUUUCUUGAAUUGUGUCAGCGCCCGGGAACGUUGCCCAGCUUGCUUUGUGGGCACCAUCUCUGGAGACAGGAGAAUAGUGCUGGUGGAUGAUCGGGUGUGUCCUGUGGGAAGAAAUGGCAGUGGUGAUGCCCCUCUGGCACCCCCUCCCACCCCUGUAGACCUGGAGCUGGAUUGGGUGCUGGGCAAGAUGCCACAGAAGGAAUUCUUCCUCCAGAGGAACCCUCCUUUGCUGCAGCAUUUGGCCCUGCCCCCAGGGCUGAGUGUACGCCAGGCGCUGGAGCGGGUUCUCAGGUUGCCUGCUGUGGCCAGCAAACGCUACCUUACGAACAAGGUGGACCGUUCUGUAGGUGGCCUGGUGGCCCAGCAGCAGUGUGUUGGCCCCUUGCACACUCCUCUGGCAGACGUGGCAGUUGUGGCCCUGAGUCACCAAGACACAGUUGGGGCUGCCACUGCUCUGGGAGAGCAACCGAUCAAGAGCUUGCUGGACCCCAAGGUCGCCGCUAGAUUGGCUGUGACCGAAGCCCUCACCAAUCUGGUGUUUGCUCUGGUUACUGACCUCCGGGAUGUGAAGUGCAGCGGAAACUGGAUGUGGGCAGCCAAGCUCCCUGGGGAGGGCGCGGCUCUGGCUGACGCCUGUGAGGCGAUGGUAGCACUGAUGGCAGCUCUUGGGGUAGCAGUGGAUGGUGGCAAGGACUCCCUCAGCAUGGCCGCCCGAGUGGGCUCAGAGACUGUACGGGCUCCUGGGUCACUGGUCAUCUCAGCCUAUGCUGUCUGUCCAGACAUUACUGCCACCGUAACUCCGGACCUCAAGCAUCCCGGAGGGAGAGGCCACCUGGUCUAUGUUCCUCUGAGCCCUGGGCAGCACCGGCUGGGGGGCACAGCUCUGGCCCAGUGCUUCUCCCAGCUUGGUGAGCAGCCUCCCGACCUGGACCUCCCAGACAACUUGGUACAAGCCUUCAACAUUACCCAGGGAUUGCUGCGAGACCGUCUCCUCUGCUCAGGCCAUGAUGUCAGUGAUGGGGGCCUCAUCACUUGCCUACUCGAGAUGGCUUUUGCCGGGAAUUGUGGGAUAGUGGUGGACGUGCCUGCCUUUGGAGUUGAUGCACUGCCCGUUCUGUUUGCUGAGGAACCAGGCCUGGUGCUGGAGGUGCAGGACCCUGCUCUGGCCCAGGUGCUGAAGCGUUACCAGGAUGCUGGCCUCCAUUGCCUGAAACUGGGCCACACAAGCGAUGCUGGGCCCCACGCCAUGGUCCAGGUGUCUGUGAAUGGGCUUCGGGUUCUGGAGGAGCCUCUGGGGCAGCUGCGAGCCCUCUGGGAGGAGACGAGUUUCCAGCUCGAUCGCCUGCAGGCUGAUCCGCACUGUGUGGCAGAGGAAGAACGGGGGCUGAGGGAGCGACUGGGGCCCACCUACUACCUGCCCCCCAACUUUCCCAAAGCUUCUGUGCCCCGUGAGCCUGGUGGUCCCGCCCCCCGAGUGGCCAUCUUGCGUGAAGAGGGCAGUAAUGGAGACCGGGAGAUGGCUGAUGCUUUCCACCUGGCAGGGUUUGAGGUGUGGGAUGUGACCAUGCAGGACCUGUGCUCUGGGGCCAUUGGGCUGGACACCUUCCGCGGUGUGGCCUUCGUGGGUGGCUUCAGCUAUGCAGAUGUCCUGGGCUCUGCCAAAGGGUGGGCAGCUGCUGUGAUCUUUCAUCCAAAAGCCGGGGCUGAGUUGAGGCGCUUCCGGAAACGGCCAGACACCUUCAGCCUGGGUGUGUGUAAUGGCUGUCAGCUGCUGGCAUUGCUGGGCUGGGUGGGAGGAGAGCCCCAUGACGAGACAGGGGAUGUGGACCACAGCUCCUGGCCAGCCCAGCCUGGCCUCCUGCUGCGCCACAACCUCUCUGGGCGUUUCGAGUCCCGCUGGGCUAGUGUGCGUGUGGGACCUGGCCCGGCCCUGAUGCUUCGAGGAAUGGAGGGCGCUGUGCUGCCUGUGUGGAGUGCACACGGGGAAGGUUACAUGGCUUUCUCCUCUCCAGAACUCCAAGCCCAGAUUGAAGCCAAAGGCUUAGCUCCACUGCACUGGGCAGAUGAUGCUGGGAACCCCACAGAACAAUACCCCCUGAAUCCCAAUGGAUCUCCAGGGGGUGUGGCUGGCGUCUGCUCCGCUGACGGCCGCCACCUGGCUCUCAUGCCGCACCCUGAGCGGGCUGUGAGGCCUUGGCAGUGGGCCUGGAGGCCGCCCCCGUUCGACACUCUGACCACCUCUCCCUGGCUCCAACUCUUCAUCAAUGCCCGAAAGUGGACCCAGGAGGGAGGUUGCUGAGAAGACCAGGGAGACUCGCCUCAUUUGUGCCUGGGAAGGCUGCUGCCCGCUUUUGGCAUCUCCAGAAGCACCAUAUUUUAUUUCCGAAUGUGUCUUGGACAGAUAAGGAUGAUAAUGCCCUCCCCAACAACAACAAAAUCUAGUUCUUUCCAUCUACUGACUUUUUCCUUACACCAAGAGGUCUACUUUCAGUUCUGCUCUGACAAUUUUUGUCCUAAGAAGCCUUUGAAUAGGAUCAGAAGGUAGCAUUUAGUGAGAAUCUAGAUUGGGCCAGAGCAGUAGUACAGAGGGUAGGGCUCUUACCUUGUACUUGGUCAAACUGGGUUCAAUUUCUCGCAUCCCAUAUAGUCCCCUAAGCUCCACCAGGAGUGACCCUGAACGCAGUGGGAAUCCAGACUGCCUGGGAAAAUGGAGUUCCCAUUACCCACUUCACUCAGCAUAUGGCCUUGUGAUGUUCAUCAGUGUUCAAGGGUCUUUUUUCCCCCCAUCCUCAAUAUAUUUAGACAAAACUGCUAGUCAUGGGGCCAGAGACAUAGUACAGUGGGUAGAGUGCUCCUUGCAUGUAGCUGACCUGUUUGAUCCCCAGCAUCCCAUAUAGUCCCCUGAGCCCUACCAGGAGUGAUCCUUGAGCUCAGAGCCAUAAGUAAACCCUAGGCACUGCUGGGUGUGAGCCGCACCCCACACCCAUACACAAAAAGUAUGCUAGUCAGAACCUUGACCUUUUCAUCUUAUCUGAAAAAUAGCAGAAGCUUUCUGGACCCCUCUUUUUUCUUUUCUUUCUUUCUUUUUUUUUUUUUUUUUUUGGUGUCGGGCCACACACAUCUGGAGGUACUGGGGGCUUACUCUUGCUCUGUGCUUAAGGGUCACUUCAGGCAGAGCUUGGGGAACCAUAUGUGGUACCAGGAACUGAGUCCGGAUUAGCUGCAUGAAAGGCAGGGCCCUACCCGCGGUACUAUUGCCUCAGCCAUGAGCUCUUUGAAAAGGCAAUGCAGAUUAUACAGGGGUAAGGCUUCCAUGCUGCCUAUGUCCUCCACCUUUGAUUUUCAGUAUUACACCACCAGGGGGCUCUCUAGAGCAGAGCCAGGAAUAGCAGGAAUAGCCCUGUGCAUCCCUGGGUAUGACCCACAACCCACAAAAAUAAUUUAAGUGUUGGGCUGGAGAGACUGUAUAGCAGAUAAGGCACUUGCCUUGUUAUGUGCCUGACCUGGUUUCGAGCCUCAUCAUCCUGAAUGUUCCCCCAGAGCACCGAGAGGAGUAAUUCCAGAGCAUUGCUGGGUAUGGCCCCUAAACAAAAAGAAUUUCAGGAGGAGGUGAAUAGUACAGUAACUUUUAGAGAUUAUGAAAACUUUUUUAUAGAUUUUCUUCUAGACUUACCCACAUGGGGCUUUCUAUGUACAUAAGCUUUCUCGGAGCCAGAGAGAUGAUAGCUCAUAAGGAACUUGACAUGCAUGUGUCUGAUUGGGUUCAAUCCCCAGCACCCCUUAUGGCCCCCUGAGCACAAAAUCAGGAGUAAAUCCUGAGCAUAGCUGAGUGUAGCCCAGAAACAGAAAGAAAAAGCCCUUACAUGUAGCUUACUUGGGUUUGAUCCCUAGCACUCCAUAUGGUCCCCUGAGCACCACAAGGAAUGAUCCCUGAGCAUUGCUAAGUGUGUCCAAAAACCAAAAUACUAGCCAUGUGUUUAAUCCUGAUGCUGCCCAGGCAUUAAGAGUCAUAUAGGCUGGAGGAACAGCAGGUGGUUCCAGAAAGCACUAAGUGUGAAACAGUCACAAUCUAUGGGCAGGCAAGACAUUUGUCUAGAACCUCCUCCAGGGAACACCCAGAAAAACAAACAAAAACUUGUGAGUUUAACUAAGUUCAGGGCCAAGAGAGUCCAAGGGUUAAGGUGCUUGCCUGGUAUACAGUUGACCAUGAUUCAAUUCCCAGCACCAUCUGAAGUUCCCUGAGUACCACCAACAGUAGCCCUAGAACACCAAAUGUAACCCGAAUAAAACAAACCAAAAAAAUUCAGAGUCCUUUAUGAUGUUGAAUAUAGCAUGAGAGCUCACAGAAAAUAAAGAGGCCCAGAAUUACUCAAUGAUGACAGGAUUCCCUGAGCCUAAGGGAUGGUAAGCAGUUACAUACAAGGAGGAAGGGAAGAUAUCCUGCAAAAACACUGCAGUAUUUGCAAAAUCUUGGAAGUGAGCAACAUUAUAAGACCAAAUAAGGGUGAGGGGCUGAAGUGAUAGACAGUGAUUAAUGCACUUUCUUUGCAUGCAACCAACCCAGGUUCAAUACCCAGCAUCCCAAAUGGUUCCCCAAGUCAGCCAGGAGUGAUCUCUGAGCACAGAGCCAGGAGUAAGUCCUAAGAAUCACUGGAUAUGACCCAAAGAAACAGAAAACAAAAAUAAUAGGUGAGUUAGUUAACAGAACUGGAGCUAGGACAGGCACAAAGGUCCACUAGAGCUUAUUUAUAAAGAAUCUGGAGUUUAUCUGGAACAUUAGAACUGGAACCAGGGUAGACAUAGUAAAGGGCCUAUUAGAGAACACUUUAAGGAAUCAACUUUAUCCUAAAAGCAAAGAGAAACCACUUCUAUGAACCGUCUGUGGGAGGAACAUGAGCAGAUCUACGUUUUUUUUUGUUUUUGUGCCAAAUGCAAAAGGUGCUUGGGAGGUCAGAUGAUUCUAGGAUUGAGCCAGAAUCUGCUGCCUGCAAGACAAGUGCCUUACCUACUGUAUUGUUCCAUCCUCAGGUUUAUGAUUUUGGAAGAUCACGUGGUAAAGAGAAGGAAAAUAUGUUGAGAGUGCAAUAAGAAUCUUUGUUGUCUCCAGGCAAAAGAAAAUAUGCUGGCUAGGACUAGGAUAGUCACGGUGGAGAGAGAAAGAAAUGAAAGAAUUUGAAGGCUGAGGAGUUGAUUCAGAAGGCUACAGUACAUCCUUUUCAUGCAGGAGGCCUGGGUUUAAUCCCUGGAAUCAUUUGGUCACCUGAGCACCACCAGGAACAAGUCUCAAGUAGUGCUGGAUAUAGCUCAAAAUUAAAAAAAAAAGUUGGGAUUUAGAGAUAUUUAAGGUGGCAAAAUGAACAGAAACUGAGAGUCACGGGAGAAGGAUGGAGAGAAGAGCCCAUGAUGAAGUCCAGGCUGUUGAUUAUACACGAGGUAGAUAAUUUCAUUUUCCUUGAUAACUGAACAGGAGAUGGUGAAUGUUUAGGACAAUGUUGUGCUUUGCUGUAUGUUGAGUUUCUGCUAGUGGUGGAGCAUGCAAAUAGAGGUACACAGAAGGCAGUGAAGAAAUUUGGGAGGGAGGAAAAUUGGGAAGAUGCUGGCAUGCAUUCCCAAGUGUAUGAAUAUGUGGGGCCUUGAAAACCCAACAUUUAAGGGGUUGACAGAAAAGAGGAGACAGGAAGAAUGGCACCACAAAUCUUAGAAUCUAGAGUUGAGUGGUUCUCCACUGACUUGAGUCACUGGUACUUUAGGGCCCUCUGAGAAGGUAUUCAGAGCAGAAAAGAGUAGGAACAAAACUAUUUCCUGCCACUGAGUCCUAGAUCUGCAGACCCAAGGCAAGCUCCUCUGUCCCCCACAUCCUUUCACAACAAUGGGGCAGGUAGCCCUUAAAACUCCCAAACGACUUACCUGUAAAUGGUGAUGAGGAGAUGGUCUUGGCUAAAUAAAGUAGAUUUGAAAAAACAAAACAACCUAAACUAUAUAGCAGCUUGGAGGCUGAGACCCUAGGGAUCCAAGGGCAGCUUCUAGGAGGGUCCAUCUAGAGUCCGGGUCAGAUUUCACAAGGGCUCAGUUUUCUGCAAGGUCAGCCUAAUUUCAGCCACAAAUCAGGGAUUCCAGGCUUCUCGAAUUUCUGGUGAAAUGAAUAUACUAGAGUUCCUGUGAUUCCCUUUGGCUCAGUAAUUCACCAGAACUUCUGGAACUUAGGGAAGAGCUUGUGGUUAUUGUUCCAUUGUCAGGAUACAGAGAUGCCACAAGUUUGGAAGGAUUCAGAAGCUAUGCUGCCAUGCUCCUGGUGUAACACUGCCACAAAGAAGCACCUCUGAGUUUCAGUGUCUAGAACUUAUUAGAGCCUUAUAUGGUUGAUAGUCAAAGGCCCAACCCGCUAAUCACCAGCAUGGUCUCUCUGGCAUGACUUACUCUGACCUGAUUCUUUGCAUAAACCAUUAUGGCACACCAGAAGUAAUGAAGAGGUCCUAGCAGUCUGGGAAUUUUGUUCUUUUGGCGGGGGUAGCACACGGUGAUGCUCAUGGUUUAUUCCUGGCUUUACACUCAGAGACCACUCCUGGCAAGUUCGGGAUAUGGUAUGGGGUGCCUGGAAUUGGCCACAUGCAAGGCAAGUACCCUAUCUGCUGUACUAUUUCUCCAACCCAUCAAUUGGGGAUGAUGAUGAUGAUGAUGAUGAUGAUGAUGAUGAUGAUGAUGAUGAUGAUUGUUAUUGCUAUUGUGAUAGCACAGCGGGUAGGGCGUUUGCCUUGCAUGCAGCUGACCCGGUUUUGAUUCCUCCAUCCCUCUCAGAAAGCCCGGCAAUCUACGGAGAGUAUCCCGCCUGCAUGGCAUAAACUGGCAAGCUAGCCUUGGCGUAUUCGAUGUGCCAAAAAUAGUAACAACAAGUCUCACAAUGGAGAUGUUACUGGUGCCCACUUGAGCAAAUUGAUGAACAGUGGAUAACAGUGCUACGACAGUGCUACAUUAUUAUUAUUUUUUUGGUUUGGUUUUUGGUUUUUGCUUUUUGGGUCACACUCGGAGAUGCACAGGGGUUACUCCUGGCUCAUGCACUCAGGAAUUACACCUGGCGGUGCUCAGGGUACCAUAUGGGAUGCUGGGAAUCGAACCCAGGUCGGCUAUCACUCCAGCCCUGUUAUUUUUUGGAGGGACAGCACACCUGGCAAUGCUCAAGGGUUGCUUCUGGCUUUGCACUCAGGAGUUAUUCCUGGUGGUAUUUGGGAACCAUAUGGGAUGCCAGGGAUUAAACCCGCUUGGCUACAUGCAAGGAAAGCAGCCCCUCAAUUAUGGAUUUUGAAGGAUCAUUUCAUUCUUAGACAAUAGAGAGGGGCCAAGCCAGUUAGGGGACUAUACACAGUGCUGGAAAUUAAACUCUGGUCAGCUGUGUCAGAGGUAGGUGCCCUAACCGUUGUUCUAUCUCUUCAGCUCAACUUCCCAUGUCUUAAGCAACAUUCACUCUAUAAAUAUUCAUGAAACAAUGUAAAUAUGUGUAAGAUAAAUUAGUAUGAGAACAUGUUUAUCUUGUACAAAUCAGUAGGAAACAAUAGAUAAUUGUUUCCCUGUCUUUCUGGGGAUUUAGCAUGAUAGUAAAGUGAAGUGAGUGGGGACAUCAGGACUAGAGGCUUCAGGAACCUACAGAAGGAGCCGUUAUCGCAAAAUUUUUCUGGAAAUGUGCUGAUGAGCUAGUACAGGAAAAGGAAGAAAAAAAAUCGUAGGUAGAGAGCACAGCAUAUGAAAAGCCCACAGACAAGUAUGAAGUUAAUCAGGGGCUAAGGGAAAACUUCCUAGCCUUCACAAAGGGACUGGAAAAGGUCAUCUUA